AUGGCUAAUCCAUCGAUGACCUGGUGGCAACGGUCGUCAGACUCUGACCCGAAGAAAAACUACAUUGGUUUGCGGUUUUCGGUCCCUGAUCUCGGCUCGCCAGACAAGCCUAACCCAACCCCUACUACUCAGAAUGAUGCAGGCUUAAGUACACCUCAGAAAGAGAAGUCAGCAGAGGCUAAACCAGCACCUCAGAAAGAGGAGGCUAAGCCAGCCCAAACAAAGAAUGAUGCACUUGAUGAAAAAGUCUUUUACGGUCCGGGCGAAUCUAGAAUUGUGGUUACUCCCACUACAAUCUCGUUCACGGGCUAUUCCACCACCAAGAAAACACUUUAUAACGCGGAAUUGAAGCUAGCAGGCAAAGUUGACCCCAAAAGUGCAACGUGCGUUAUCAAAGAGGAAUGCCCAGAUACCACCGUGGAGGUUAGGAAAGAGGAGCUUAAUGCAAAAUACUGGAUAACAUUGACUGAAGGCAAAAAGCCCAACCUUUUAACCACUGACUUUGAGAAGUGGCUUGAUGAAGAUGAGCAGGAGCCUGAAAAUGAAAAUGUCGAAACUGGCCCGUCAUCGCUUGACUUUGACUUCACGAAACAAAUGGCCAGUAUGACAGGCAUGCCGGGCACGGAAGGAAUAGGAGCGGGAGAUAUUGAGCAAGCUCAGAUGGGAGAUGACGACAGUGAGAUGCCUGAGCUAGAAGGUGAAGGGGAGGAAGAGGAGGAAGAGGCAGCAACAUCUACUGGCAAACCAAAGAUCGAAGAACUUCCUUAG